UGUCAGCUUCCAUCCCUCAUCGAGAUCCAACAUCUGGGGUGGAAUCGCUGUCCCGCAGGUCGAGUCAAAUGCCAGCUGUUAAGAGACAUCGUGAUGGCGCUGAGAAAGAAAAGGAGGUAGCGGCCUCGCCGUUCAUGCCGAUGUUUGAGUCGUUCCGAGACGAGUUGGAUGAGCAUCAUGACCGGAGAGAAGGCAUUAUAAAGGCUUCGAGAGAUAUCACUGCGGCGAGUAAGAAGAUUAUUUUCUCCUUGCAAAGAGUGCGGACAUUGAAGAGCGACAUCCCUCCCAAAAUUGCAACAGAGAUCAAAGAUCGUGGUGCUGGGAUGCGAAUACAGUUUGAGUCCAUCGCUGCAGACCUCACUGGCAUUAACGCAUGGAGAUAUCAACGUCAAAUCUCGCCUGGCAUCCAGGAGUUUAUGGAAGCAAUCUCAUUCGAGCAUUACCUCCGGACUCAGAAGUUAAUCACGCUCGAGGAGGCUUCAAAGACUUUACCUGCAGGUGUUGAUCUGACUGGUGAUGACUACGUGCUGGGAAUCUUUGACUUGGUUGGGGAGCUUAUGAGGUUUGCUAUUACGACAAUGGCUACAACUGGGACGCUACCUGGAUCGAAAUCUGGUGAGAACUUUGCAGAGGAGCGUGACAUCUUGAUGGAUUUGAGGGUGCUGCGGACUGCUUUCGAGGCCCUGGAUACGACCUCGUGUGGGGGGACGGGAUUAGGAAAGGACGUGGAGAAGAAGAUGGAGGUCAUGAAGACAUGUGUAGAGAAGGUUGAAACUGCGGUGUACGGAAUGAUCAUUCGUGGCAGAGAGAGACCAAAGGGAUGGGUUCCAGACCUAGCAGAUGACAGAGCACCGCCAGUAGAGAGCUAUUAAUAAAGUGCAAAAUACUGGGCUUACUGCUGAGCGAUUUGGCAGUGUGGGGGUUGCCUCAUAUUUCAAUGUCAUCAAUUUGCUUCAAACCCC